CCUCCACGCUCCCAGUCUCCUCCCACACAAGGCACACCACUAGCACCAUGCAGCUCACGAAUCCGGGACGCCGCAACAUGCCGUUCCUCGUCGGCGUCGCCGUCCUUGUCCUUGCAGCAGCAGCUGCGCGGGCCGACGGCGCCCUCUGCGACAAGUCGGACAAGGCGGCUCUCCUGGCCGUCAAGGCCGCCCUGGGCAACCACCCGGACCUCUCCGGCUGGAACUCCACCGCGCCCUGCUGCGCCUGGCCGGGCAUCUCCUGCGACGCCGCCACCGGCCGGGUCACCGAGCUCACGGUCUUCGCGCUCAACAUCUCCGCGCCGGUCCCCGCCGCCAUCGCCAACCUCACCGCCCUGCAGACCGUCAACCUGGCCUACAACCGCCUCUACGGCCGCAUCCCGGACUUCCUGGGCCCGCGCGCCCUCCCGGGCCUCGCCUUCCUCCGCCUCGACGGCAACCGCCUCGACGGGCCCAUCCCGCCGACGGCCGCCGUGUACGACCUCUCCGUCGCCGGCAACCGCCUGGCCGGCCCGCUCCCGGCCGCCUUCGCGGGCGCGGAGUUCGGCAGCGUGGACGUCGCCGACAACCAGCUCACGGGCGACGCGUCGGCGCUGUUCGGCGCCGGGAAGCGGGUGAACUCGGUGCGGCUGUCGCGCAACCGGUUCGCGUUCGACCUCGGCCGCGUCGAGCUGCCGGGGGCGCUGGACAUACUGGCCGUCGACCACAACAUGAUCUACGGGGCCAUCCCGGCGGCCGCGGCGGCGAGGAGGUGGCUGGCGUUCGACGUGAGCUACAACAAUCUGUGCGGGCCGAUCCCGCAGGGCCGGUACACGCACAGGUUCGGCCCCAAGCACUUCGCGCCCAACAAGUGCCUCUGCGGCCGCCCACUCGCGCCCUGCAGCUAGCUACGGUGGCCACUCACUGCACGUGACCGCUUGACUGAUGUAUUGCUGCAUAUCUCCACACCUUUGAGUUAGCAAUAAGGCAUUAAGGCCCCUUCUUAAUGUAUUUCGUGAUUAGCAAGCAAGUGUCACUCCUGGCCAAUUAAUCGCGAGCAGGUCAAGUCGAUCAGCUAAUAUAAUAUCGGAUUUUACAA